AUGCACUGGAACGCAAUGCUUGCAGGCCCCGAGAAUACACCCUACUCUGGUGGCGUCUUCAACUUGGACCUGCAGUUCCCUAGCGAGUAUCCGUUCAAGGCGCCCAAGGUGCGCUUCCUCACACGAGUCUACCACCCCAACGUUAAGUCACAGUCGGGUGAGAUCUGCGCCGACGUCAUCAACGAGAACUGGGGCCCGACACUGAAUGUACUGCACUGCCUCACAGCCAUCAAGCAGAUCUUGGAGCAGCCAGACAUGGACAACCCGCUGGAGCCUGAAAUCGCGAAGCAAAUGCAUGAAAACAAGGCCGAUUUUGAGAAGACAGCGGAGGACUGGACGAAGCAGUACGCGUCCUAA